AGAUCUCAGACACCGACGGCAGCUGGUAGCCAGGCAGAUUGGGUGGCACUCCGCAGGGACAGCUAACAGCGCAACCCGAGUGAGCUUGAAGACCGUUCUUAGUGACUGGCUUUCCUAGUCCUGCUCCACGCAAACAGCAGAGGCAUGAAUUACUCACGGUUCCUCACUGCAACGAGCCUGGCCAGAAAGCCAAACCCCAUCAGAUCUACAGUGGAGAUAAUGAGUCGAGCACCCAAAUCCCUCAUUUCCCUGGCUCCUGGAUCUCCAAACCCAAAAAUGUUCCCCUUUAAGUCCGCUGCCUUCACUGUGGAAAACGGGGGCACCAUCCAGUUUGAAGGAGAGGUGAUCGAAAGGGCCCUCCAAUACUCUCCAAGCUAUGGAAUUCCAGAACUUCUGUCCUGGCUAAAACAGUUGCAAAUAAAAUUGCAUAAUCCCCCCACUGUCCACUACCCACCCAAUCAAGGACAGAUGGAUCUCUGCAUCACAUCCGGCUGCCAAGACGGUCUUUGUAAGGCAUUUGAAAUGCUCAUCAAUCCUGGAGACACUAUCCUCAUCAAUGAACCACUGUUUUCAGGAACACUUUUUGCUAUGAAACCACUAGGCGGCAACAUUAUUAAUGUCCCCAGUGAUGAGCAUGGGAUUAUUCCAGAGGGUCUCAAAAAAAUACUUUCCCAGUGGAAACCGGAAGAUUCCAAGGACCCCACAAAAAAGUCUCCAAAAUUUCUGUAUACUGUCCCAAAUGGCAACAACCCUACAGGCAACUCGUUGACAGGUGACCGCAAGAAGGAAAUCUAUGAGCUGGCGAGAAAAUACGAUUUCCUCAUCAUAGAAGAUGAUCCUUACUAUUUCCUUCAGUUCAGCAAGCCUUGGGAGCCAACCUUUCUCUCCAUGGAUGUUGAUGGGAGAGUGAUCAGAGCUGACAGCUUUUCAAAAAUCCUCUCCUCAGGGUUGAGAGUAGGGUUUAUGACUGGUCCCAAGACCUUGAUAGAGAGGAUUGUUCUCCACACACAAGUCUCAUCACUACAUCCCUGUACACUCUCACAGCUCAUGAUAUCACAGCUUCUAUGCCAAUGGGGACAAGAAGGUUUCCUGGCUCAUGUUGACAGAACUAUUGAUUUCUACAAGAAGCAGAGAGAUUUGAUAUUGGCAGCUGCAGACAAGUGGUUACGUGGUUUGGCAGAGUGGCAUGUUCCCAAAGCUGGCAUGUUUCUAUGGAUUAAAGUUAAGGGAAUCUCCGAUACAAAAGAACUGAUUGAAGAAAAGGCUAUUAAAAGAGAGGUCUUACUUGUUCCUGGAAAUGGUUUCUACAUCGAUUCUUCAGCCCCUACCUCCUUCUUCAGAGCAUCCUUCUCUCUGGCUUCUCCAGCACAGAUGGAUACAGCCUUCCAGAGAUUGGCUCAACUCAUAAAAGAAUCUUUAUGAAGAAAUCAAACUCAGCAUAAUUUUUAAAUAAAUUACUUCUGUACUUUAUUGAAGAAAUGGUUGUUGCUGUUUGGCUGACAGGAUGGAUCCAGUUUCUGAAACAUCUGCUGAAAUUUCACCAAGUAAUUUUAAAGUCCCUUUAAGUCUAUCAUAUUGCCAAAAUAGCUUUCUGAUCUACUUUUGCCCUUUGAUUAAUUUUCAACUCAUAAAACAUUGAAUUUUAUUGUAAAGCUGCUUUAUGAUGUCCAAUAAAUUUUUCUUGAAACUA